AUGGCUGAAGCCGCGCAGGCCCCACCAACCUUCAAGCUCGUCCUUGUCGGUGACGGUGGUACUGGAAAGACCACCUUCGUCAAGCGUCACUUGACUGGCGAGUUCGAGAAGAAGUACAUCGCCACUCUCGGUGUCGAAGUGCACCCUCUUACUUUCACCACCAACCUGGGAACGAUCCAGUUCGACGUGUGGGACACGGCCGGUCAGGAGAAGUUCGGUGGUCUCAGAGAUGGUUACUAUAUCAACGGCCAGUGCGGUAUCAUCAUGUUCGAUGUGACCUCGCGUAUCACCUACAAGAACGUCCCCAACUGGCACCGUGAUCUCGUCCGUGUCUGCGAGGGUAUCCCCAUCGUGCUGUGCGGUAACAAGGUCGAUGUUAAGGAGCGUAAGGUGAAGGCCAAGACCAUCACCUUCCACCGCAAGAAGAACCUCCAGUACUACGACAUCUCCGCCAAGUCCAACUACAACUUCGAGAAGCCCUUCCUGUGGCUUGCUCGCAAGCUGGUCGGCAACCCCCAGCUGGAAUUCGUUGCUGCCCCCGCUCUCGCUCCCCCCGAGGUGCAGGUCGACCCCGAGCUCCUUGCCAAGUACAACGACGAGAUGGCCGCCGCCGCCCAGAUGCCUCUGCCCGACGAGGAGGACGCAGACCUCUAA